AUGGCAGACAAUCCUGAGAAUCCCGUCACCCCCUCCAGGGCCUCAUCGCCGUCUGUAGAGCCCCAAGGUGAUGCUCAGCCCAAUUUUGACGAGUGGACUGAGCCCCUUCCCCUCCGGCUCAACCCUGCGAACCAGGACUCUGAUGGCGAGGUCGAGAUGACAGAGGCCGAGCAAAUCAGAGCAAUGGAGAAUGUCCACAUCACCACAGGUUGGAAUACGAUGCAAGUCCUCACCAUCGACAGCAGAGCUCGCCUCCAAAGCGACAUCGAGCAGGAGAUCCGGGAGAACCGCGGCCGCGGCCGUCAGCGUGAGCCCCGCAAGCCGUACGACCUGGACGAGAGCCUCGCAUGUCGCCAGGGUCGUGAUUAUACGGUGUGGGAAACUGAAGAAGAGAGAGCCAAGGCCGAGCCUCGCAAGAAGAUCGGCCAUUUCGACGCAGAGUGCGAUCACAAGACUCUGGCGAUGACCGCCAGGCUUCACACGACUUAUAAUGAGGACGAGAUUGACAUCUCGAUUGUCGCGGACAUCCAGGUCAACAUGGCGGGUAUCCCCGAUCACUCUAAUGUACUUUCCCCUGACGAUCACGCUGGCUCUGGUGAUGACGAAGGUAGCCAUGGAGAUGUGCCUCGGGAGAGUCCCCAGCCUGUUGCCAGUCAGGCACCUGAUGAUAGUCCGCACAGCGAACUCGGAAGCUGUCAGGACAGUGACCCAGAGGAGAGCCCUGAAGAGAUUGAUGCUAAGGACGAUGAUCAUCUUCAGCCUGCGAGUCUCAACCAAGAUCAGCCCCGUGUCCCUCAACAGCAGCCGAUCGCUCAGCAGUUGCUAGACGGCGUGCGUGCGGUGGCUAGCCGAGUCGGCCACAUUCCGCUUAUACGCGUCAUCCCCGCUGGCGACAACGACGGUGAGCAGAAUACACAGGCAGGACCUGCGACUCAGCGUGGAGUCAGGCGAGACAACACGUGCGCGUCUACCUGCCGAAGACUGCCCUACCCUCACGCGCCUUGCCCGGACGACGAAUCAUUCUGCAACAUCACCCCCGAGCCCACGGACCGGGAGCUCGCCAACGACAACUUCUAUGCCACUGGCCGCACGCCCGUCGCCGUCAGCUCCGACGGCUCGUUUGACUACUCGGAGCAGCGCGUCUCCGCGAGCACUCGAGCGGACCACGUUUCCCAGGCAAGACUUGCAACGGUCAACAUGCAAGACGCCAUCAGCGAUGAAGGUGGCUUCCAUCGCGCCCGGGCUCAGAUGGAGGCUGAAGGUUCUCAGACAGCACCCAGCGAUGCUCAGCGGCGGGCCACUCUCGAAGAAUCUCCUCAGAUCUACAACGAGGUGGAGCGUCGGGCGAAUCGUCUUGCCGAGAUCGAGCGAACUACCCACGCAGCUCAUUUCCAGGCAUACCUGGAUCGUGUCCGUCCAGCCGGACCGCAAGUCGGUGAAGAGUUCGAGAUCAUCAGUAUCGAUGAGCUCGAUGACAGCCCCCAGCAUGAGGAGAAUGCAAAUGCUGGCUCUCAGGCCUCUGGUGCUGCCUCUCAGAAUCAAGAUCAAGGUCAGGAGGAGCAGGACAACGAGGACGACUUGCGCAGUGUCGGUGGUCACAACCCUGGCGAUCGCGAGGAUGAUGGCCAUGCCGAUGCCGAUGAUAACCACGAGGACAGCAAUCAACAGGACGGCAAUGGCGAUCACAGCGAUAGCCCAGGUGAGGAUGGCGAUGACGCCAAUGAUGCCAACGACGACAACGAUGCGGGCCGUGGAGAGGACGAAGGCAACGACGCUGAUGACGAGGACAACGGUGAAGAGAACGAUGAUGAUGACGAUGCUUCACAAGCCCCUGGCGUCAACAGCACCGAUGGAGCAGGUGCUGCGUCUUCCUCGUCGUCGGCCUUGCCUACCACUUCCUCCCUUUCAUUGGAACACGGAUCGGGUCCUGAGUAUGGCAGCGCGCGGGCCAUUGACAUCCCAGCGCCGCGUCCGCCUCGCUAUUACCACUAUCGCGACCUCCCCGUCUCCGCCCGGGCCUCAGACCUAGCGGCACGUUUCUCGUCUAUGGACGCCGAGGUGUCACGCGCCCUCGAGCAGCCCACGAACGACGCCGAGUUUCCCCGGCCGUGGCACGCCCUCUUCCCGCUCUGGGGCCGCCACCCAUUUCGGAGUACUUACUACGGUAAUCCCACUCUGGCACACAAUCGCACGUCGAGGCUGAGCAACGUCCACAGCGCGUCUUCCCAGUCCGCCGGAGUCCCCGCCCGGCGCAUCGGCGACAGCGACCAGCCAGGCCGCCGCGCACCGCUCUUGAACCCCUUUGCCAACUCUGCGCUGCCGUCGUACAACACCACGUUCGAGCGUCAGCCCCUGCCUCCUGCUGGUGGCGCCCCUGCCCCUGUCAGCCGUGGUGGUAGCGGCAAAGACGGUGACGAUGUUGACGAGGCCGAGGAAGAGAUGCGGAAGAUGUGGAUGGAGGUCCCUGCUGUGCCCAAGGGCUACAGAGAGCACAAGGACUACUUUGAUCCCGACUUCGACCCUGAGGGCGACGGUGAGGCGGCUACCUUUUAG